AUACGUGUGUUCUUAUUGCUGUUGAAAAUGAUAUAGUUACAGAUUCCAUCCAGCCCAUGUCUGUCUGCAUCGAAUGAAUGGACUGUGAAACGGGUUCGUCGCGUAUCAAAGCAAAUGUCAAGAGUCAGGUGCGGUGCGAGUGGAAAAGUUUCGGCCUUUAACGCAAAUAGAAAUCGGAGUCCGGCGAUCCGAACGGAGAUCUAAAUCAAAAUCGUUCGCAUUUCCAUCUGGUUUCUGCUCUCCGCUUGCUAAUGUCAAGCUAAUUAUUAAUUAGAGACAAGCGCGUGUCCAUAAUGGUUUUGCUGAUUCAUGGAGAUACAGAUUGACGGGAUAGGAUACUAAUCAAUUUAGAUCUCAAUCGAGAUAUCCAGGGGCUCAAACCAAAUCCGUAUUGUAAUGCGAGGCAAUAUAGUAUAAAGCCCGUCAGCCCAUACAAAGUGCAAUUCUAUUCAAAUUUAAAUCAAACAAAGUUCCAAUAACCGAGCGUCAUCCAACAUGCAGUCGAUGAAAGCCAACGAACUGCCGGAGAAUCCGCGCGAGACCUCCAAUCCCCUCUCAACGCUGAUGUUCUGCUUUGCCAUGCCCGUUCUCUUCAAGGGCCGGAAAAAGACCCUGGAGCAAAAGGAUCUAUAUCGGGCCCUCCAGGAGCACAAGUCGGAUUCAUUGGGCGAUCGAUUGUGCGCUGCCUGGGAUGAGGAGGUGCUCAAAAAUGAUAAUCCCCGCCUGGGACGCGUUAUGACCAGAGUCUUUGGAUGGCAUUUGGUGGUCACUGGGGUGCUGCUGUUCCUCCAGGAAUUCCUCACCAAGGUCACUCAGCCCAUCUGUCUGGUUGGAAUAAUGGCCUACUUUGCCGGUGAUGAUAAAGAUCUCUUCAAGGCUCAGCUCUAUGCUGCCGGCCUGAUUGCUGCCUCCGUGUUUACAGUGUUCUUUGGGCAUCCCUAUAUGCUUGGCCUCCUGCAUCUGGGUAUGAAGAUGCGCAUUGCUCUGAGCAGUCUUAUCUAUCGGAAGUCGCUCCGUCUCAGUCGCACUGCCCUGGGGGACACGACGGUGGGGCAGGUGGUUAAUCUGCUGUCCAACGAUGUUGGACGCUUCGACAUGGUCCUUAUCAACGUACAUUACCUCUGGGUGGCUCCACUGGAGCUUAUAGUCGUCACAUAUCUCAUGUACAUUGAGAUUGGAGUAUCCUCGUUGUUUGGCGUGGCCGUGAUGCUCCUCUUUCUGCCCUUUCAAUCCUACCUAGGAAAGCGGACGAGCGUCCUCCGACUGAUGACUGCCCUACGGACGGACGAGCGUGUGCGGAUGAUGAACGAGAUUAUCUCGGGCAUUCAGGUGAUCAAAAUGUAUGCCUGGGAGAAGCCGUUCGGGAAGCUGGUGGAGCUCACGCGCUUCAAGGAGAUGCAAUGCAUCAAGCAGGUCAACUAUAUUCGCGGCAUUCUUAUCUCCUUCGCCAUGUUCCUGUCGCGCAUCUUCAUCUCCACCAGCCUCAUAGCCUACGUCCUCCUGGGUCAAGUCCUGACAGCCGAGAAGGCCUUCUUUGUCACCGCCUUCUACAACAUCUUGCGUCGAUCCGUGACGAUGUUCUUCCCGCAGGGAAUCUCGCAGUUUGCGGAGCUCCUCGUCUCCAUCCGCCGCCUGGAGACGUUCAUGCAUCAUUCGGAGACGCAAGUGCGCGACAAGUCAAUGAUUCAAAAGGAGGAGCCCGUGACAGCCGGUGACAGCCCGAAAAGCAAUGGCCUGGCGGAGAAACUGCUCGACUUUAACGGGUUCACUGCCAGGUGGGAGAGCCAGAGCGCAGAGCCCACGCUUGAAGACAUCAAUCUGCAGCUCGGACGCCGCAAGCUGGUGGCCGUGAUAGGACCAGUGGGCGCUGGUAAAUCCAGCUUGAUUCAGGCGGUGCUUGGAGAGCUUCCCGCUGAGAACGGCAGCCUAGGGGUGCACGGAAGCUACUCAUACGCCGCGCAGGAGCCGUGGCUCUUUACGGGCACUGUACGCCAGAACAUACUCUUCGGCUUGGAGUGGGACAAGCAUCGCUACCGCACUGUCGUCAAGAAGUGCGCCCUAGAGCGGGAUUUCGAGCUGCUGCCCUACGGUGACAAGACGAUUGUUGGCGAGAGAGGAGCUUCGCUCUCCGGCGGACAGAAGGCGCGUAUCAGCCUCGCCCGAGCAGUGUAUCGCAGGGCAGACAUCUAUCUGCUGGACGAUCCCCUCAGCGCAGUGGACACGCACGUGGGGCGCCACCUCUUCGAACAGUGCAUGCGCGGGUACCUGCGGAGCGAACUGGUGAUCCUCGUCACGCACCAGCUGCAUUUCCUGGAGCACGCGGACCUCAUUGUGAUCAUGGAGAAGGGACGCAUCAGCGCCAUGGGCACCUACUCUACGAUGAAGCGCAGCGGCCUGGACUUUGCCAAGCUCCUGACCAAUCCCAAUAAUGUGGACGAUGCCAUGGAUGAGCUGGAGGUGGCCAUGUGCGACCAGAUGGAUCGCCUCAGCGUGCCCUCGCUAAGCAGGCGUGGCAGCAGCAAGAUCAGUCGCCCCACCAGCCGCAACAAUAGCUUCACUUCGCUCAGCUCCAUGGCCGAGUCGAUGGCCCAGGAGGCGGCGCUGCAAAUGCAGGAGACGCGCGUAGAGGGCAAGAUCGGCACGGGGCUCUACAAGGAGUAUCUGUCGGCGGGCAGUAGCUGGUUUAUGCUCUCCUUCAUGCUGUUCCUCUGCCUGGCCACGCAGAUCCUUUGCUCUGCGGCGGACAUCUUCCUCUCCUAUUGGGUCGACAAAAACAGUAACAAGGCAGAGAUGAGCUCGGAUCCGGCGGACAUGUACUACUUUGCCGCCUUGAAUGUGGCCGUCGUGGUCUUCACCCUCGUGCGGACGAUACUCUUCUACAAGAUGGCGAUGCGCAGCUCCACAACCCUCCACAAUGCCAUGUACCGCGGCAUCACGCGGGCGGCCAUGUACUUCUUCAAUACGAAUCCCUCCGGCCGCAUCCUCAAUCGCUUCUCCAAAGAUCUGGGGCAGCUGGAUGAGCUGCUGCCCAGCGUAAUGCUGGAUGUAGUGCAGGUUUUUCUCACUCUCGCCGGCAUAAUCAUAGUCAUUUGCAUCACGAAUCCGUACUACCUAAUCCUCACGCUCAUUCUGGCGAUUGUGUUCUACUACAUACGCGAGUUCUACCUGAAGACAUCACGCGAUGUGAAGCGGCUCGAGGCGGUGGCCAGGUCCCCGAUAUAUUCCCACCUGGGGGCCACCAUCAGUGGACUGCCCACCAUCCGGGCGUUAGGGGCGCAAAAGGCGCUCAUCGCUGAGUUCGACAAUCUGCAGGAUCUGCAUAGCUCCGGGUACUACGCUUUCCUGGCCACGAAUCGGGCCUUUGGCUACUACCUCGACCUAUUUUGCACCCUCUACAUCGUUAUCAUAAUUCUGAAUUACUUCGUCAAUCCCCCAGAGAGCUCUGGCGAGGUCGGUCUGGCCAUUACCCAAGCGAUGGGCAUGACAGGCAUGGUGCAGUGGGGCAUGCGCCAGUCCGCGGAGCUGGAAAACACAAUGACCGCGGUGGAGCGGGUGGUGGAGUACGACGAGAUCGAGCCGGAGGGUGACUUUGAGUCGAAACCGGACAAGAAGCCGCCAAAAGAUUGGCCAGAGGAGGGCAGGAUCAUUUUCGAUGAUCUCUCGCUGAAGUACUUCCCCGACAAGCCCGCCAAAUAUGUUCUGCGAUCCCUGAACAUUGCCAUUCAGGCCUGCGAGAAGGUCGGCAUUGUGGGACGCACUGGCGCGGGCAAAUCCUCGCUGAUCAAUGCCCUGUUCCGACUCUCCUACAACGAGGGAUCCAUUGUGAUUGACAGGCGCGACACCAACGAUCUGGGGCUGCACGAUCUGCGCAGCAAGAUCUCCAUUAUUCCUCAGGAGCCGGUGCUCUUCUCUGGAUCUAUGCGCUACAACCUGGAUCCCUUUGAGGAGUACAGCGAUGCCAAGCUGUGGGAGUCCCUGGAGGAAGUGAAGCUCAAAGAGGUCGUCGCCGAGCUGCCAAGUGGCCUGUCGAGCAAGAUUUCCGAGGGCGGCUCCAACUUCAGUGUGGGCCAGCGGCAGCUGGUCUGCCUGGCGCGUGCCAUUCUACGCGAGAACCGCAUCCUAGUGAUGGAUGAGGCCACGGCCAAUGUGGAUCCGCAGACAGAUGCCCUCAUCCAGGCCACCAUUCGCAACAAGUUCAAGAAUUGCACAGUGCUGACGAUUGCCCAUCGUCUGAACACAAUCAUGGACUCGGAUCGGGUCCUAGUGAUGGAUUCUGGACAGGUGGUGGAGUUUGGGUCUCCAUAUGAGCUCUUGACCGGCAGCGCCUCAAAGAUUUUCCAUGGCAUGGUCCUGGAAGGUGGCCAGAGCAGCUUCGAUGGCCUCUUAAAGGUCGCUGAAAAGGCCCAUCUGCAGUCACAGAAACCUAAGUCGGAAUAGACCCUCGAUUAGCUUUAAGCAUACAAUAAGUUUUAGUUACUAGGCGUGCGUUUCCAUUAGGGGGCCUCAGUGUCAGGGCCAACGCAGACUGUUGGCCAGUCCAGUCGUUCAUUGUCGACUGAAGGUAUCUAUACCAAAGAUUAAGGACAAGAUGUGGGCAUAGUAGGACGCACAAGAACGGACAAAUCCUUGCUAAUCAAUGCUUCGUUCCGGCUGUCCUACAACGACGGCACCAUCCCACAUUAAUCGCCGCUACACUGCCGACGGACAUCGGGCUCUGCACGAUCUGCCGCAGCUGCAUUUAACUUAGUUGCUACUCUACUUAAAGUAUUAUCUUACUUUGGACAGGAUAACACAUUCUCACUGCACUGCAUACGAGUAUAAACUACCAAAAAUACGUACAUAUAUGAAGUGUCUCACACAAGAGUCGCACACAUUUAAUUUAGUUCAAGGUUCAAGUGAUUGAGUUGCAGUAUUAAACAUUGGUUUGGGGAUCGCUCUGAGACGAA